UUUCUGUUCUGUCUGCUCCGUGGGGCCGCAAGCAACAGCACUGUUUUCAUCAACGGGGCUCGGACUCACAAUUUACCGGACUCGCCAUGGCCGCCUGAGACUAUCGUUCUUUUUGUCGACCCCCACCCCACCCCCCCAAAUCGCUGAAACACGGACCAACUUUUUUUCCCGCCCUGAUAAACUUUAGGAGUUUUUCGCGUUGUUUUUAUGUCCAGAAAGAAGGAUGCAACCCCCACCGAGAAAGGUCCGGGUCACCCAGGAGCUGAAACACACUCACGGCGAGCAGCUAAGCAGACUGCACGUCAAACACCAAGCCGAGUGUGACCUUUUGGAGGAUCUGAGAACUUUUAGCCAAAAGAGGGCAUCUAUAGAGCGGGACUACGCUCAGGCCCUGCAAAAGUUGGCCAAUCAGUACCUGAAGAGAGAAUGGCCCGACAGCCUGUCAGAAGAAGCAGAUCAUAGGAACAUGUACUGCGUAUGGAGGGCUUAUCUGGAGGGUACUGUCCAGGUCACCCAGUCCAGGAUCAGCGCCUGCGACAACUACAAAGUGCAGGUCGCCGAGCCGGCCAAGACGGCCCGGCUGCAGAAGGAGCAGCAGCUGCGCAAGUGUAUCGAACGGCUGACGAGCAUCCAGGCUGAGCUGCAGGAGUCCGUCAAAGACCUGACCAAGAGCAGGAAGAAGUACCAGGAGGCAGAGACCAUGGCGCAAGCCGUGCGGGAGAAGGCCGAGCUAGAAGCCAAGUCCAAGCUAAGUCUCUUCCAGUCCAGAUCUAGUCUGCAGAGGGCAACUGUCAAGCUGAAAGCCAAGCGGAGCGAGUGCAACUCCAAAGCCACCCACGGCCGGAAUGACUACCUGCUCACGCUAGCGGCCGCCAACGCCCACCAGCAGCGCUACUACGACACCGACCUAAGCGACUGCCUCAAGGUGCUGGAUGGUAGGAUUUACGAGCAAGUGAAGGACUACCUGGUGUCGCUGUGUCAGACUGAGCUGGAGAGCUACCAGGCCGUCCACAACGUCUUCAACAAGCUCUUGGAAUGCUCCAACGGGGUACUGCAGGAGUUCCAUCAGCGGAUGUUUGUUCAGAAGAAUCCCGUUUUCCAGAAAGCAGCUGACUUUUCGUACCAGCCCAUCGACACGGAUACGGUGACGCAUCUACUAAAAGAGAGCGGCACAGCGGAGGAGCACAGCCUGGACAAGGAGGCCCGCAAGUGGGCCACUCGGGUGGCCCGAGAGUACAAGAGUAUCAUCCACACACAGCGGGUCAUGGAAGAAUUUGGGGCUCAGGAGAGCUCGGAGCAGAAUGCUGGGGAGCUGGAGGCCAAGAUGGAAGUGGCGAGGCAGAGUCUGCGGAGGGCAGAGACGGUAAAGGAGAAGGCUGAGGCCCGCCUGGACCUGCUGAGGCAAGCGGGCGUCGGCGUGGAAACGUGGUUGAAGAGCGCCAUGAACCAGGUGAUGGAAGAGUUGGAGAACGAGCGCUGGAACAACCUCAGUGCCCAUGAUCCUUCGCUUUCUGGAACGGCCGACCUGGAGCGCGAGGAGGACGAGGAGGAGACGGAGGACAGCGGCGAAGUGUUGGACGACAGCAGCUCCAGCCCCUCCAGCACAUUGAAGAACUACCCCCUCACCUGCAAAGUUCUCUACUCCUACAAGGCCUCUCAGCCGGAUGAACUGACCAUCGAGGAGCAGGAAAUCUUGGAGGUCAUCGACGACGGUGACAUGGAGGACUGGGUGAAGGCCAGAAAUCGUGGCGGCCAGGUAGGCUACGUCCCAGAGAAGUACCUGCAGCUGCCAUCCUCCAACAGCCUGCUGAGCAUGCUGCAGUCUCUGGCCGCGCUGGAUGCUCGCUCACACUCCUCCAGCAACUCCACCGAACCUGAGACCGAGCUUCCCACCGGCUCGAUCAACGGAGACUCCAGUGUGUCGUUCGCCAAGGCCUUGUACGACUACGCCGGCCAGACGGAUGACGAGCUCUCCUUCCCCGAGGGCGCCAUCAUCCGCAUCCUGAGCCGGGAGACCCACGAGGACGACGGCUUCUGGGAGGGCGAAUUCAACGGCGUCGUCGGCGUCUUCCCUGCCGUCCUGGUAGAAGACUUGGCCGGCGGGGCAGGCGAGAACGGCAACGGGCAGAGAGACGGCAGCAGCACUCAGUCUUCCCCUUGCACGCCGGCCAACUGCGAGCGCUCCCCUUGCAGCCCCUUCCAUUCUGGGCCGCUCCACAGCAGCCCCCUGCAGACACCCACCACCUUGUCGUCGCCCCAGUCAAGCCCCUGCAGCGCUACCGCCUCGCCUAUUGGACGGCCGCCUGCCUACCACAACGGGCACCACCGGCCGCCACCCGUCACUCCGCACAAGAGCCCCUUUCACAGUCCAGCACAAGGAUCCCCCCAACCUCCCAAAUACCCAGAGAGUGCAUCAGGCACCAUCCGACCUGUCCGAGCUGCUCCUCCGCCCCCCAAGCAGCAUCCCCGGGGGCAGGUGAAGCGGCGAGAAGAGGUGGAGAUCACGCUGGUGUGAAGUGAAGAUGAGACACCCCCCAGAGGACGCCUCACACGGCCAGUGCUUUUGCUGGAAGAACAAACAAAUGUGCCUUUCUCGCCUUCAAACCCAAACACAUCUCCAUUUUGAUUUGAAGACUUUUUUUCUGUGUGAGAAAAUGGCUGACGACCUGUUAGAGUCCGUCGUGUAAUGUCACAUUGGUUUAGGGAGGGGGGUGCGAGGCUGGUCCUGGGAUCCCCAAUUUAAACCCUAAAAGAAGGGAAAAGUGGCAAUUAUGUGAGUAGGAAGAAUGUUCUGGAAAAAAUAGAACGCUCCCAGUUUAAUUUGCUUGUUUUUUUUAGGAGAAAUGGAACGUUUCUAAACUCCCGUUAGUGUUUGCUUCUGACUUUUCUUGUAAAAAUAAACCUCCACAAGUGUCCAGGUUGCAGUAAGCAGCGCAGAGCCAUAACAGGUGGUAGAGCGCCUGAAGCCCCUUUUACAUUGCCUGUAAUAGAUGGCAUUUUUUUUCCACGCCUUUUCUCCUCACACGUUGCUGUUCUUUAUGAACUGACAGGGAAAAUUGAUGGGACAAAGGCAACUAGCAGUUUUUCGCUUUUGGAGGUAAUAUCAGUGCCGUAACAGAAUCGGGACCGACCUUUGUAGCCCAUUUUAGGCUGCCUGUGAAAGUGCAUGUUUUCCACCUUCCACCUGAGGGAUGACGUUAAACUGGCAAUUUACUGCCUUUGGAGGUAGUAUCAGUCCUGUAACAGAAGUGGGAUGGAGCCAGUAGCCCUUUCUGCGCUCCUUAAAAUAGUACGUAAAAGCCCAGAUUUUUCCUGUGUUUCUGUCAUGUACAAAUGGCGCAGACACAAAAUCAAUUUAGCAAUAUUCUGUAAUAUGUGCUAAAAUCAGAACCUGUAGCCCCUUUGACACUGGUUGUAAAAGCCAGUAUUUUUCCGCCUUCCUUCCACAUUUCCAUUUUGACUAUUCCAUGUCUAAAAAGUGCUGUUUUUCCAUAUCGCUGUAAUGCACAAAAGGGCACUGACACAAAAUGGCCGAAGUUUGGCAAAAUGGUGAAGUUUAAUACCUGACGCUUCUUCUGAUUUGUCGCGUUGAAAGCAAUUGUUGCUCAACGACAUCUGUUUUACAGUUUUCUGCCUUUUGACCAUGUCGAUACCGUUUAUACAGAACGGUGACACUGAAAAAGGCUGCCUUGUGAUGUAACAUAAAAUACUGUCCGUGUUGGGCACUGACAGUUGCUUUCAACGCAACAGGGUGGGAGAAGUGUUGUAGUAUUAGAGGCUUGACAACACUUUUGUGUAAGGGUAUUCCGCCAUACUUGGACAAGGGUGUUAAAGUUUAACACCUGACUUCUCCCUUCCUGUUUUGUUGAAAGCAGUUGUGGCUGUCCGAACGCCAUCUAAUUCUCUUUGCGGGAUGCUGCGUCUAUGUGAAAGUGGCAAUCUCCCGGUUCACCGGGUUCUGCGUCAAAGGUAAAGGUGGAAAAAUGCCCGAUUCUCCGUAUGGGUCUUUGUUGGGGCAAUUUUCCAAGGUUUUCUUUGUCAAAGUUGCCUUUGUUCAUGAAAGGAGGGAACGAUCAUGAUGUAAAAUGUAUAGUGUGUGUCACACAAUGAAGCACUUUUUCCUGUCUUCUUCUUUCUUGUCAGUAUUUUGAUUGUCAACAUUUCUCCUAUUUUGUUUACCGCCUGUAUUGGUAUGAAUACUUUUGUUGUAUUGUGUUAUUUAGCCUUAAAUAGCUACCCUAGUGUCUUAUAGAGUACCUAUUGCCGUUUGAAAUAGUUUACAGAGAGCUUGGAGAUGGAUAUCCUUACAAAAUAUUAGCAAUUUGUAUUCUUUUAUUUUACUUUUAUUUAGGAUUAAAAAAAAAUUUUGUUCCACUCAAUCUGCGUGGUGAAAAAAAAAAAAAGAUAUCCGUCAGCCACGUUGCUGUUUUCUCGUUGAUCUCCUUGAGAUCUGAAUGACAUCAAACUUAUUUUUGAAGUUUGCAUUUACCCUCUCGUAUUGAAAUAAGGAAAAAAAAGAGAAAAGUGUCUUUUCCCUGUUUAGAGAAGUUAGCGCGCUACUUUUUACACAUUUGGUUCCGCCAUGUUCAUCGUGUUAGCGCUGCAGUGGCUGCCGAGUGUCAUAUUUACACACACAAGUGGAUGUUUAACAGUAUUUAUUGUGUACAAAUAAAUGUGAAAUAAAGACUAGGUUCAGUGGUG